UUUGUAUUUUGCAAGACAAGCUGAGAGAGAGAGAGAGAGAGAGAGAGAGACGUGUCUCUCUCUUUUUUUUUUUUAUCAGAGACGUGUCUCUCUUAGGAACAAAGAGAGGUUCGUCUUGAUAUCUGUCAUCUUCUUCAUUUCUUUACCCAUCUCAAUUCCCAAUGACAAUGAGAGAGAUAGACUGGUUUUGGUCUGGUUAAACGUGGGAGUGAGUGAAAAAAAAACCUAAGAUAAAAAGAACUUUGAGAUAGUUCAGUCACAGAGAGAGAGAGAUACUAGUUCAUAGUACACUCACUUUUUACUGUACUCAGUUCCUUUUUUAUUUUUCCCACCCCUCAUAACUAAACCGUACUUUAAUUCCUCAAAAUCAAAUCUGGCUGUUUUGUGCUUUAUGGAUCCGUUUUUCUCGCUUCUUCACCAUCAUAACCCACAAGUUUUUUAGCUUCUCAAACACUCUCUCCCUCUCUCUCUCAUUCAUUCGUAUACAACUCACAUAUCAAGUGGUCCAAGUUUCUCUCUGUGAGCAAAGAUUGCAUAUUUACUGUGUCAUUUCAUUCUGAUUUUACCAUUUUUAGAGAGAAGCUUUUUCUAGACCAUCCCACAGAAAAGCAAGAGAGAAGUUGGGUCUACAGUAAUGGGCAGGGAAAAGCAUUGGGGUGGAAGAUCCUCCAACUCCAAGAGUAAUACUGGUGUUACUGGAGGAGAUCAGAAAGACACCUCCUCUUUUUCUGGUUGCAUGAGUGCUGUCUUUCAGUUCUUUGAUUUCCAUCAGUUUCAGUUUGGUUUACAUCAUCAACAGCCAUCUUUCAACUCUACCUUUGUACCCACUAUUCCCAAAGGAAUUGAAGCACCGAGAAAUAGCUUGGAAUCGCAUGAGGUUUCAUUGUCAUAUAUUACAAGAGAAAGAGAAGAAGAAAAAUUUUUAGAUAUCCAAAUGGGUAUCCAAAUUAAAACAAGUGGACACACAGAACCAAAAGCUGGAGCUCCAAAUGAUUUUUCCUCAGAAAUCAGCAACUCUCCUGGGACCAAGACCCCAAAUUUAGUAGCAAGACUAAUGGGUCUUGACCUUCUUCCUGAAACUCAGUCACCCUCUUCUUUUUCUUCAACUCAUGGUACACCAAAACCUCUUUCAAAGUCACAUUCACACCCUCUUCAUCCAAGGCAACCCCUCCAAUGUAGACCAAGAAAUAGCUUAGAAUUCAAUGACAUUACUGGUACUUGCUCUUUGCCAGAGACUCCUAGAAUAUCCUCAGCUAGAAGAUCGGACGUGGAUCAUCAUCACAGACUCUCACUUCAAAUUAACAAGGAGAACAUGAGUGCUAGUGACGACUUGGAGUUCUCUCGGUUUUCAUAUUUGAGAAGGAGAGAGCUCAGAGUAUAUGAAGAUGAGAACAACAAAAGUCCAAGCCAAUACGCUAGGCAAAUUGUGAAGCAAAUGAAAGAAAAAGUUAGCAGGAAAGUUGGACUUGACAUCACAAACACUAUCGCCAACAGAGAUCUUCAAGGAAGAAAUGAGCUUGUUAGCCAAUUCAAAUCCAAGAAAGCUUCAAAGGGGUUCAACAAAGUUGUAGAAGAAUCAAGUCCAGGCAAGCAGUACUACUCAAGUACACCUUCUUGCUCUCCAAGACUCAGAUUCUUUGAGCCCAAGAGUAAACCAAGCACAACACCACCACCCACCAAAGACAAAGCCUCUCAUUCUUCAAAGUUCUUGUACUUACAACCUCAACCACUCAAUGUUCAGCCACAACCCAUUAAAGUCUCGGUGAAGCCUAAACCUCAGACAUUGCAAGAGCAUCAUCAGGACCAGAAAUCAAUCCAGAAAUGUAAAAAGAGUGGCACUGAAAGGUUCAAUCAGAGGCUAAAGAAGCCUCCACAGACAUCGGAUAUAAUCCGAAACAAGCAAGAAGAACCAUUUGUUCGUCCAUCAAAAACAGCCACCAGAGCCAACAUUCCAGACAAGAAAUGCAAGAAGACACCAUUGUCAAGUGAGCUUCUCAACAUCAAUGUCCCAACUCGUGUCCCAGUCAAAAAAGACCCUUCACCACCAGCCACCAACAUUCCUCAAAAACAGGUAUUUGAUGCUCAAGAACCAAAACGUGGUUCACAGUUAUCUAGUUGUUCGAGCCAAGAGUACAAACAAGAAGAGACGGACACGCCCAAAACCCAAGAAAGCAGCAUCAACGACGACAGAUCUAACGGUGUCUUCACUACCGGAGCUAGUGGAGCCGAAUAUCAUGAGUACGUUACCAAUAUACUAAGCUGUACUGGCAUAGACAAAGAUACCAUUGUGUCCUUCACCAGUUGGUUCUCUCCAUCUCACCCUUUAGACCCAUCUAUCUUCCACCAACUCGAACACUCUCAACAUACUACAACUACGAGUCAUGAAUUGGGGUACGAGUGCAAUCGAAAACUACUAUUCAAUCUUGUUGAUGAAAUUUUGGUUGAGAUUUUGAAGCCAUACAUCAACAUGAAGCCAUGGGCGGCUAGCUUAAUUAUUGGUCACGAUUGUUGUUGUCACAUGCAAUUAGGGUCACAACUAAUUGACACAUUGUGUAAGAAAAUUGGAAGCUUCCCACGAGCCAAAUGUUGUGUUCUAGAAGACAUAGAUGGCUUGGUUGACAAAGAUUUGAAGGUCCAAAGUGAAAUGGCAUUUGAGGAAGAAGGGGAAGGAAUAGUAAUGGAGAUAGAGGAGGACAUGUUGGACACCCUCAUGCAUGAAAUGGCUAUGGAAUUUUGGUGUUCGAUCCGUACGUAGUUAGCAAAAUACAACCAAAAAAAAAGGGUUUGCGAGACAAGGGUGCAGAUGGGUCACAUGGGUUAUUCACGUGAUGAGAUGCUAUUGGUAGGGUUGGGACUUGUAAAGAGAGAUUGUUUGAGGAUUGUCUAUGUGGGAUUAGACUCCCCGACAGCAUUAGAUUUCUGAUUGGUUCUCAAAAGAAUACCAUACUCUGGCAGAGGAAUCCCAUUCCAUCUCUUCUCUCUCUCUCUCUCUUUCUCUCUCUCUUCUACCCAAUUUGUAUAUUUUUGUAUUCUCUCUCACUUUUUAAAUUUUUUUUAAUUAAUUUAUUAGUUGUUUAGUAA